AUGGGCCCUUCUCGGCUUCAGAAAGCCGCACAGUUUCACCCCGACGACCUAUCGAUCCGACUGAAGGAAAUUGUCAUACCACAACCAGAAGAAGAUGAAAUUCUCGUUCAGACGAUUGCUGCUGGUCUUUGUCACUCCGAUUUGAUGCUUGUGGAUGGUUCCGCGCCUGUUCUUCCAAACCAUGUCGUGACCAUUGGUCAUGAAGCUGUGGGAAGAGUCAUCGAUUUUGGAAGGGAGGUAACCGGCUUUGCCAAAGGAGAUGAAAUUGGUUUUCUGAAUGCACACCGUGCGUGCUGGAAGUGCCCAUCAUGUGCCAUUCACUAUCUAUGGUGCGAGUCAGGCAGAAUGCAAAUGCAAGGGUACUCAUUGAAUGGAUUUCUUCAAGAGUAUUCCGUGGUUGACUACCGGGCGGCGUGCAAACUGCCAGAAGGCAUGGAAGCAUCGAAGGCUGCCCCACUUUGCUGUGCAGGUAUUACAGCAUACCACGGGGUACAGAAAGCUCAAUUACAGUCCGGGCAGUGGCUGGUGGUAAUCGGUUGUGGAGGCCUCGGUCAGAUAGGAGUUCGAUACGCCAAAGCGAUGGGUUACAAGGUGAUCGCAAUCGACAUCGACGACGCGGUGCUCUCGAAAGCCAAGGAGGCAGGUGUCGAAAACACAGUCAAUAGCCGCACUGAAUCCGACGUUGCGAAAAAGAUCAAGGAAAUCACCGGCAAGGGUGCAGAUGCCGUUGUGGUCUUCACUGCAGUCAAGGCGGGCUAUGACAUUGCUCCCAAGACAUUGAAGACUGGUGGUAGACUGAUUGUGGUGGGAUGCCCGCCAACCGAGAUUUCAUUCAACGCCCUCGACAUCUCUCUCGGGAAGUAUACUGUGCAUGGCGCCAGCAAUCAUGCUACACCGGCUAUGCUGAGAGAGUGUGUAGAGUUUACACAUCAACAUGGGAUUGAGAGUCCUUCACAGUUCUUCAAGAUCGAGGACAUCGGAGAGAUGAUUAGUAUCAUGCAAUCCGGAAAGAUGGGUGGCAAGAGACUCGUAGUGAAAUUCUAG